UAACUAAAAAUAAAGAUAAAAUAAAAUCACCAGGGGAAUCCCCGGAUUUAGCAGACAGACGCCUACCCCUCGCCUGAACCGGAAGCACCAGGUAACCGAGGAGCUCAAGAGAACAACUCGGCCAAAGUACUGAGGAUGAGCAGCAAAGAGCGAGUGACUCCGGAUCGGGCUCCGCUUUUUGGCCCCUUUCGGUGACACGCCGGAGCUCGGGUGCAUACUGUGAGGCUCUUGCGGGAUCCGGCUGCAUGAGAAACUAGCAAAGACGCCCCACCAUGCAACAGUAAGCGAGGAGCCAAGGCUUCCUACCGGCUAGGAAAAGGAGGCAAAGCAGUACAGAGCUGUUCUGGAUCCCAGAGACAACAUGCAGGAGAAUUAUGAAAACGUCAUCUCAUUGGCGGAGGAAAUUGCAAUCAGCUGGCCCCGGAUAACUGCCUUUGCUGAAUCUCACAGGAGAAGAGGACUGGCGCCUGUUUUCUUUGCCAGACCCCCGGAGUUACUGGAUUCUCUCGUUGUUCCAGCAGAUGAUGGGAUGAUGAGUGACAAUGGGAAUGAGGAGGAGGAGGAGGUGGUGAUGCCGCAGGAAGGAGGGGGAGGAGGAGGAGGAGAUGGUGGAGGUGACGUCACAAUUCAGAAAGUGGACUCCCAGCCGGACCCUCUGCCAGAGAAGCCCAAGGAGCUCUCUGAACCUGAGCCGAAGGCCAGCGAUGAAGGCCAAGGCCAGCCAGUCUUGGAUGAGCAGCCAAGGAAGUCCUUGGCGAAGAAGCAGGGCAAGCCACUCGCUCACCAUGGCUUCAAGAAGUUCUCUCCACGGAGCCACCAUGGGCUGCUGGGCCAUGCCGGCCGGUGCCAUGAUUGUGGCAAGGGCUUUGGCUUUGGCAAGCGUGCACGGCUGCAUAGUGGCGUCGGCAUGGAGAAGCCCUACAAGUGCAAUGAAUGCGGCAAGUGCUUCCGACUCAACUCCACCCUGGUGACCCACCAGCGGCGCCACACCAGCACCAAGCCCUACCGCUGUGCCGAGUGUGGCAAGAGCUUCAGCGUGGGCUCGGCCUUCAUCCAGCACCAGCGCACCCACGCGGGCAAGAAGACCAGCUCUAGCCCGGCCCGGCCCUGUGAGUGCAAUGUCUGCGGCAAGAGCUUCGGCCUCCCCGCCCACCUCAUCAAGCACCAAAAGCAGCACCUGGAAGAGAAGCCCUACAAGUGUGAGGAGUGUGGCAAGGGCUUCAACUGGAACUCACACCUGGAACGCCACCGGCGCAUCCACACUGGCGAGAAACCUUACGUCUGCGAGGACUGCGGCCGGGCCUUUGCCUGGAGCUCUCACCUUGACCGGCACCGCCGCACGCACGCCGGCAGCACCAUCCCGGCCACCACCCCUUGCAAGUGCUGCCUGGCUGUGGCGGCAGCCGCCCCGGCCAGCAAAGCCAGCACCAAGCCUUACCAGUGCCAAGACUGUGGCAAAGGGUUCAACAAGAACGCGGCCCUCUCCAAGCAUCGGCGUGCUCACCAUGCCGCCGAGAAGCCCUAUGUUUGCGAAGACUGCGGCAAGAGCUUUGGGCUGAAUGGGGCCUUGCUGCAACACCGGCGUACGCACCAUCCGGAUGGCUCUGCCAAGCCCUACACCUGCAGUGACUGUGGCAAGAGCUUUGCCUGGAGCUCCCACCUGGACCGGCACCGCCGUAUCCAUGCCAACGAUAAGCCCUACCACUGCGACGACUGUGGCAAGGGGUUCUCCCAGAGCUCCCACUUGGAGCGCCACCAGCGUGUGCACAGGAGCGCAGAGCGGCCCCCCUGCCGCUGCACGGACUGUGGUUUCACGGGAGCCCGGCGGAAGCGCCCCCGUGGGACCUUGCUGCCCUGCAAGUGCAGCGACUGCGGCAAGAGCUUCCUGUGGCGGCGGCCGGCCUGCAGUGAGUGCGGCAGGGGAGGAGGGGAGGGCGUGCGGCACCAAGGCACCCAGACUGGCGAGAAGCCCUACGCCUGUAUAGACUGCGGCAAAUGCUUUGCCCAGAACUCAGCGCUGGCCAAGCACCGGCGCAUGCACACCGGAGAGAAGCCCUACAAGUGCAACGAGUGUGGGAAAAGCUUCAGCGUGCGCUCCAACCUGCUGAAGCACCAGCGCACCCACCUGGGCGAGAAGCCCUACAAGUGCAGCGACUGCGGCAAGGGCUUCAUCCAGAAGUCCGACCUCACCAAGCACCGGCGCAUGCACACGGGCGAGAAGCCGUACCGCUGCGACGCCUGCGGCAAGUGCUUCAGCGUCAGCUCCAACCUCAUCAAGCACCAGCGCAUCCACCUGGGCGAGAAGCCCUACGCCUGCGGGGACUGUGGCAAGGCCUUCAUCCAGCGCUCGGAGCUCACCAUCCACCAGCGCACCCACACGGGGGAGAAGCCCUACAAGUGCAGCAUCUGCGGCAAAUGCUUCAGCCGCAGCUCCCACCUCAACCGCCACCAGCGCACCCACAGCAAUGACAAAGCCUCUGCCGGCACUGGGGCAGCCCCCGCCACGUUGCUUGCAGCUGGCACGGCCAAGCCUGCCCCUCCUCUGCCCGCCUCUGCUUUCUCGACUUCCUUCCCGUCCCCGAGCCCUCUUCCUGCCUUGCCUUCCUUCCCUUCCUCCCCAUCACCCCUCCCUAUCCCUGCUCUGGACCUGCCCUGGGCCCUGUCUUUCCCACCCCGAGGCUUCCCACACCCAACCUUCGCUUCCCCUGCCCCUUCUGGUGCCCAGGCCUCUUCCUUGAUGAACUAAGCCCUCUCCUCCCCAUCACCUGCAGCUCCUCUUGUUCUUCCCUCCUCGUUUAUAAACUCUCCCCUGCCCCCAAGUUGAUGUGACGCAGCAUCUGGGCCUGAUGGGCCUCUCCAUUCUCUCUGAUUUGGCCCUGCAAGUUCUUUUCUGUUGCCUUCAUCCUCUGCUUGUGGGCUUCCUGGGGCAUCCGGUUGACCACUCUGUGAAACAGGAAGCUGGAUUCGGUGGUCUGACUGAUCCAACAGGGCUUUUCUGACAUUGUUCCUCCAGGCUUCACUUCCUCGGCUCAGCAAUCAGCUACCUGCUGUUCCAUCUUCUCCUCAGCCCAUCCACCCGCCCCCUCCCCCAGGCUGCUUUUCUGGCUGUACCUCUGGUUUUUCAUGUUCUUCCUUGCUAGAGAGAGUUCUAGCUCCUUUGUUUUUUACUACCUCAUAGCACCCGCUCCCCUAUCUUUCCAUUUCCCUUCCUUCAUUUAUCACGUCUUGAGUUCAUGCCUGUGAGCUGCCUGUUCUCUGUCCGGAAUGCUCCUCCCUGGUCCGCAUGGCAACACUGAAGUAAUUUACUAGGUUUAUGCAAUUUCUCACACAGGCUCUGGUACCUGAUAUGGUGUUCUUGGGAAUAUCUUGUUUUUGCCUUUUAAAAUGGUCAAAAUUAUCGCCUUCAUGGUUGGGAAAGGCAUGCCUGAAGCCAUGGAAGCAACUUCUGGGACCAAUAUAUGCCAGUGUUUAUGGGUCACAGCUUCUGUACCUUCCAUGGACCCUGGCCAUUCCCCCACAACUUCCAUUCUUCUUGUCCUACUGCUCAUCCUCACCUUUCUCCUUACCAAGUCUUGUUCAGGUCCCUUGAGAGAGAGCAUGCAAACUGAACAAGUGGAAGCAAAAUAAUAUAUGCUUAAUUUAAGUACAGAAUUUGGGUUUCCUGGCUACAGAGUGGAGGUCUUUGAAACUUGGUUAGUUUCUGUUUGUAAGCAUAAAGUGUCAGCGCUCCUGCAAUCGGAUUAGUUUUUGUUGGUGGUGGUGGUUUUGCAUGUCUUGUCCUUUCCUAUUAGCCAGGCAGCCAUUCUCCCCUUUACAGAACAAUGGAGUCGGAAGGGACCUUAGAGGUCUUCUGUCCAACCCCCAGUUCACUGUAGGCAUCUGCUGCUGCAUCCUUGACAGGUGGCUGUCUCUGGCUUCUGAUGGAAAACCUAUACAGAAGGAGAGCCCACCGCUGCAUGAGGCAGACUGUUCCACUGUCAAACAGUACAGCUAGGACAUUCCUCUUUAGAUCUGCCUUCAUGAAUGCACCACAUCUAUAGUGCAGCAGUUAGCACUUCCACUACCACUUAGGCAAGUUCCUCACAACACAAGUGCAGCAUCGGCACAUACAGUUCCCCCCUCAUAAUACCUUGGCUUUCUUAUUCUCUCUCCUUCUGCAACUCAAGGUUGUCCUCCAAUUAUUCCUUGACUUAUCUUCCAUAUCCUAUUUCCACAUUCCUUCUGCAUCUCUCCUCUGUCUCCUGGUCACAAUUCCUGUGUUCUGCCCUAGCCACCCUUCUUAAGUCCCUUCCGUUUAUGUGUACAACAUAGAUCUUGUUGGCCAAAUUUCACCCCUGCAGCCCUCAUCCCUUUUUACUGCCGUAGUAAACUCAAGGGACUUCAUUCAAGAAGUGAUUUCAUUGAGAAAGCUGCCAACUAAGAUGUCCAGCGAGGCACGUGUUACAAUCUCCUUUUUGGUUAAUAUCAGCAUCUGAGAUGUUAAAAGAAGCACACCUCAGAGAUACAUGGGGUGGGGUAGAUUGCAUGUUUCAAUGUGCCCAUGUGAAAAAUCUCCCUGGACAUGCAAAGCUAGCAUAUCAGGGACAAAGCUUCUAGGCUCACCUUCUCCCUGAAGUGUUAGCUUUCUGUAUGCAGAGAGGUUUUGAGUAAAUUCCCCCAUCUGCAUAUUGGAGGUGACAAAGUCCCCUGAGGACUGUAUCAUGUGCCUUUGCUAAACGUUUGAAUUGGCUCUCUAUCUUAGUCUGAUGUUCUCCUCAAGCUUU